AUGGUCAAGAAGGGCGGCGCUUCUCUCGUCCCUGACGCCUGGGAGGAUGAUGACUGGGAGUCCGCAGCCGACAAGCUUGACGCCCAACCCACAGAGGUGCAGCCUGAACCACAGGUACCGAUGACCAAGGCAGAGCGGCUCGCCCAGCAUGCCGAGCAGAAUCGAAAGCUUUGGGAAUCAGCUGACUCCCCCACGCCCACACCAAUGACCUUCCUCGAAGCCCAACCCUCAGUCCCCCUCGCCACGGGCUUCAAACCCCAGGUCAAAGUCCUGAGCCGAAAACCCGCGCCCCGAACAAUCGCCCGGCGCGACCCCGUCACCGGCCUCCUCUCCCACCUCUCCCUCGCCGACGAUGACGCCGACGAUCAGCACGCCGAGAAGAAGCCGCAGCUCACGCCCGAGGAAAUUCGCGCUAAGCAGCAGCGUGAGCUCGAGGAGAAGCAGCGGCGGUACGAGGAGGCGCGCGCAAAGAUCUUUGGCGAGUCGAACCCUUCCUCUGGCGCUUCGAGCCCGAGUGGGACAGUCACGCCACCUAGAGGGGGAGGAGGAGGUACCGAGAACGAAAGAGGUGGAGGGCGCGGCCGUGGACGAGGACGGGGUCGUGGCGGCGGCGGCGGUGGUGGAUACCGAGGGAACUCGAAUCGACAAGACGACCUACGACGACCUGGUAGCAGUCGAUCCGACGCCGUUCGCGCCGAGAGCGGUCGUGAGCUCUACGACCCCGGAUACGCACCCCGAGGCGGCUUCGGGAUGCAGAAGCGUGGGGGCGGCGACAGCCCAAACACGUACAACACGUACAACCCGCAUUCUGGACGUUCAACCCCGAGAGACGUCGAGGACCAGCCCAAGCAGGCCAUUCGAGCUCCACGCGGACCGGAUGGGACUGGAAGAGGUGGAUUCGGCUUCGCCAAGCGAGGCACAAAGGAAGGAUGA